AUGUUAUCGAACUUGGGUCGGCAAGAUCUUGAGACACGUAGGAAGAUCGCCGAUUUGACAAUGUUUUUUAAGAUAGAGAUAGGAAAUGUACGGAUAUCUUUCCCAAACGACCUACGCGAGGUGCACUGUCCAUACUUGACCCGAGA